AUGGAAGAAUCACAGAACAACAUAGAGAAUGGGAUCAUUAGUGAUAAUUAUAAGGGAUUAUUAGACAAUAAUCACAAGGAGCAGUGGGCUAAUAAUAUUAAUGGAUCAAGAACACCACCUCAAAACAUGGCAGCCUCCAUGGUCCGCAAGAAAUCCGACCCGAUACUUGUUUCCAAUGUUCGCUUCCAAAUGCUCAGAAGUUUGCUCAACAAUUUGCAAGAGGUGGUUCUUGGCACCAAGCUUGCUCUGCUCUUCCCUGCCAUUCCCCUUGCAAUUGCGGCUGAUUUUUAUCACUUUGGAAGACCUUGGAUUUUCGCUUUGAGCUUGCUUGGACUCACCCCUCUUGCUGAACGUACAAUUGCUUACUUCACUGGUCCAACAGUUGGAGGCCUUCUUAAUGCAACAUGUGGCAAUGCAACAGAGAUGAUAAUAGCAUUAUUUGCUCUCCGCCAAAACAAAAUCGACGUGGUGAAGUACUCUCUGUUGGGUUCCAUUCUCUCCAACCUCCUCCUUGUGCUUGGGACCUCUCUCCUCUGCGGGGGUUUGGCCAACCUGAAAAAAGAACAAAGAUAUGAUAGAAAACAGGCUGAUGUGAAUUCACUCCUGCUGCUGCUGGGGUUGCUUUGCCACAUGCUGCCACUGUUGUUCAGAUAUGCGUCGGGGCUGAGCAAUCCCUUUGCCACCAACACUCUCCAGUUGUCUAGAAUAAGCAGCAUUUUUAUGCUUAUAGCAUAUGUUGCCUACAUCUUCUUCCAGUUGAAAACCCACCGCCAGUUUUUUGAAUCACAAGAGGGAGAUGAAGAUGAAGAAGAAGAAAAACCAGUGAUAGGAUUUUGGAGUGCAUUCAGUUGGCUGGUUGGUAUGACAAUUAUCAUAGCUCUGUUGUCUGAGUAUGUUGUGGGAACAAUUGAGGCUGCAUCAAAUUCUUGGGGCAUUUCUGUGACCUUCAUCAGCAUUAUUUUGCUACCAAUUGUGGGGAAUGCUGCAGAACAUGCUGGAUCAAUCAUCUUUGCUCUCAAGAACAAGUUGGACAUAUCUUUGGGUGUUGCUUUAGGUUCUGCAUCUCAAAUUUCCAUGUUUGUGGUCCCUGUAAGUGUGAUUGUUGCCUGGAUAAUGGGUGUCCAAAUGGAUCUUGAUUUCAAUCUCCUUGAAACUGGUUCUCUUGCUUUCACUAAUAAUUAUCACAGCCUUCACAUUGCAGGGGUCAUUCUUUUCCUUUGCUACAUUAUUAUUGCUGCUUGCUUUUUUGUUGACAAAAUUCCCAUGAAUGAAACAACUGUGGGCAAUUUGGGAACUGUACUUGAGCCAUCCUCAGGAGUCUCGGUUGCUUGA